AUGCUUGCCAAAAGUAUUGACGUCAAGGUCAGACCCUUGGCGAGUCCGAGCCUCGAAAAAGCGAGUCUUCAAGGUGCCGCCCGUGUGUAUGUGAGCAAAGAGACAUUGCUCUCACUGAACGGCACAUUGGAAGUCGGGAAGCAUUGUAUCCUCACAAGGCUAGAAAACGCCGCCGCAACAAAAGACUCGCCCAAAGAAGAUGAACAACAAGAGCUACAGCGAGAAGCCUCGCUAUGGAGUAUAAAGGAAAAGAAUCUCAGCCCAAACGUCGUCGUCAUGACGAGGGCAUUCCAAGAAGCUUCAGGUUUCAAGAUCGGUGACCUCAUUCGCAUAUCACUCGCAGGAACGACGCCCAACGCUGAUGAGGUGGUUGUGCAAGAUGUGACCGAGAAGACAGACAAAACCUCGGAUGACCUCGAGCGAUUAGAGGAAUUCGAGAAAACAGCAAAGUAUAAGCCGUCGUGGGAGAUGCUAACCGCACCCGCCUUUGUACGUGCUGAACUGUUGUUUCCCGGAAUGGUGGUAGAGGCAACGCUCAGCAGCAAAUGGCGACGGAACUUCAAGGUCAUAUCCGUCAACUCGCAGACCAACAGUUUGGCAAGAUUCGACCCAAGCUCGACCAACAUCACGGUUGUAGACAAGGAAGCGGCAGACGUCAAAGUUGAUGCACACGGCGGCGAGUUGGUCGUAACUGGUGUUCCUGGAAUGGCUCCCCAGAUCACGGCUCUCAACGAUUUCCUUGAUGCCUACAGGACAAACAUUGUCAUCACAGGCGAGAGACAAUCCUGCGCCUUCGUGAUUCACGGUGGUCACGGCACAGGAAAGACCUUCAUUCUGGAUCGUAUUGCUGCGACAAAAUGGGGCAAAGUCCAUUGGAUCAAGCCCUCGGACAAACUUGCAAGCAUGAGAGAAACUUUCAAGCUUGCGCAGAGUCAGCAACCGAGCAUGAUCCUGAUUGACGAUCUUCAGGACUUGAUUACCAAGGACCGUUCAAAUCACGACUCGGUCAUUGCACUGUUACGCGAUGAGCUGGAUGACCUUGCUGCAAGCGCAUUGUCAAGCAAUUCUCUGCCUAAAGUUAUUAUCGUGGCUACAUGCUCCGACUUUCUCAAUGACAUUCCGGAACCACUUCGGAGCCCAACUCGUUUUGGUGAUCAUGUCCCACUGCCUAUCCCCAAGAUACAAGAGAGACUUGAGAUUCUCGAGUUCCUUGAUCUACCCAUCAACCCAGCGGAAAAGCAGUCGGUUAUGUUGGAUUUAGCACAAAGGACACACGCAUACAGCCCACUUGAUCUCGGAAUGCUGUGCAAGAAAGCCAAAUAUGACCUAGGAGUUCGGCUGCGAAAAGCAGGUGUUGACAGAUUAUCGGAUGGAGAGUAUUUCCUGGAGGCAUCCGAUAUCAAUAAAGCUAAAAAGGCCGUUCGACCCACGGCUAUGCGUGAUAUCAACCUGAACCCUCCUACGAUCCAUUGGCAAGAUGUCGGUGGCCAAGAUGUGUUAAAGAAAGUGCUCAACCGAAUGAUCAAGUACACCAAGAAUCCCGAACGGUCCCUUCGCCCUCCUCCAAAGGGCCUCCUUCUUUAUGGCCCCCCUGGUUGUUCCAAAACACUAUCCGCCCAAGCUGCUGCCACAGAGUCCGGCUUCAACUUCUUCGCGGUCAAAGGUGCAGAGCUUCUUAACAUGUAUGUUGGAGAGACUGAACGUGCGGUCCGAACCCUCUUCGAGCGUGCCAGCAAUGCAGCUCCUUCCAUCAUCUUCUUUGACGAAAUCGAUUCCAUCGGCGGUCAACGAACAGGAAGUGGCGCUGCCUCUCGCAGUACCGGAGCAGUCAACAUGCUCACUACCCUUCUCACCGAGAUGGACGGGUUCGAGGCCCUUUCGGGCGUGCUUAUCCUCGCUGCGACCAACCGCCCCGAAUCUAUGGAUCCUGCCCUGAUGCGUCCUGGCCGUUUCGACCAACUCCUUUACGUAGGACCUCCUGACGAGGCCACCCGGGAAGCCAUUUUCAAGGUUCACCUACGUGGUCUGCCACUUGCACCUGAUGUUGAUAUCCCUAUGCUCUCCCGUCUUGCGGAAGGGUACUCGGGUGCCGAAAUCAAGGCUAUUUGCGACGAAACCUGCAUGAUCGUACAGGAGCGCUAUGACGAGGAUGAGAACGAGAAGCUUGAACUUGCCAUGGCUGAUUUGACUACUGUGCUCGAGAAGACGCCCCGUAACAUAACGCAACAAAUGAUUGACGGCUACGAGAAGUGGCAUAGACUACACAAGAGGGGCUAG